AUGGAAGCUCAACAACAACAGAACCAUCACCACCUACAACAAAACCAACAACCACCAAACGAAGAUGGCGGCAGUGGGAAAAACAGUUAUCUGUGCAGGCAAAGCAGUACAAGGUGGACACCCACCACCGACCAGAUAAGAAUAUUGAAGGACCUUUACUACAACAAUGGAGUUAGGUCUCCAAGUGCUGAGCAGAUUCAGAGGAUUUCAGCCAGGCUGAGACAGUACGGCAAGAUCGAAGGCAAGAACGUUUUUUAUUGGUUUCAGAACCAUAAAGCUCGUGAGAGGCAGAAAAAAAGGUUCACUACUGAUAUUGCCAUACAAAGAGGUGUUCUCAAUAGUAGUUGGAGAUCUGAAGAUACCAUUUACAACAAGUUCCCUAACAUCAAUCUUGGUAUUCCAUCUCCAUCUUCUUCUUCAUCUGGUAUGCUUGCUGUUGGGCAGGUGGGAAGCUAUGGUUAUGGAUCUGUGGCCAUGGAAAAGAGUUUUAGGGACUGUUCAAUAUCAGCAGGUGGCCAUAGUUUUGGACUGGUGGGGGUUGAUCCAUAUCCUACAGCCUACCCUUUUCUUGAAAAGAGAAAAUCAGAUGAUGGAACCCUAGAAGAGAAGGAACAAGAAGAACAAAACCCGGAGAUAGAGACCCUUCCUGUCUUCCCCAUGCAUGGCGACAACAUCUCUGGUUUCUGCAACAUGAAGCCGGAAUCUGAGAACUACUACACCGGCUGGUAUCGAUCACAUGGCGCCAUGGCCGGUUCUCGUGCUUCCCUUGAGCUCAGCCUCAACUCCUAUACCGGCAGGUCACCGGAUUCUCCAUAG